AAGGCCUGGCCGUGAGUUUGGAUAUAUUAUAGUGGGAAUGAUGGGGACCAAGAUGAAAAGAGCUGGGUUUCUGAGUCUCCUGUGCCUCAGCAUCGGUUUACUAGCACAGGCCCAACAAUCUCCGCUGCGAGUUCCUCUCAAGAAACGCACGCUCGAUGCCGAGCAAGUCAGAGCCACUCAGACGGCGCUGCAUGCACGCAAUGUGAGGAAUGUGGCCAACGCUCUGCGCGGCGAACCCGAGGAGGCAGACAUCCCGCUGCUCGACUUCCUUGAUGCUCAGUAUUAUGGAGAGAUCGGCUUGGGCACGCCAGAACAGAAAUUCACGGUCGUGUUCGACACUGGAAGCUCCAACCUGUGGGUGCCCUCCUCACAGUGCAGCUACUUCGACCUGGCCUGCCUGCUCCACAACAAGUUCUAUGCCUCCAAGUCACGGACGUACCAGGCCAAUGGCACGGACUUUGCCAUCCAGUACGGCAGCGGGUCGCUGUCGGGCUUCUUCAGCACAGAUGUGCUGUCCCUGGGCAGCCUGAAUGUGCAGAACCAGACCUUUGCCGAGGCCACCAAGGAGCCAGGCCUCGCCUUUGUCGCCGCCAAGUUUGACGGCAUCCUGGGCCUGGCCUUCCCGGAGAUCAGCAUCGGCGAAGUGACACCGCCAUUCCAGAACAUGGUGCAGCAGGGGCUCGUGCCGGAGCCGGUGUUCUCCUUCUGGCUCAACCGCAACGACCCCUCCGGCCCAGGCGGCGAGCUUGUCCUCGGCGGUGUUGACCCCUCUCACUACACCGGGGAGCACCUCUGGGUGAACGUGACGCGGCGUGCAUACUGGCAGUUUGACCUGGGCGGCAUCAGCGUGCCAGGCACCAACAGCCCCUGUGCGGACGGCUGCCAGGCCAUCGCUGACUCUGGUACAUCGCUGAUCGUGGGCCCGAGUGAUGAGAUCGCCGAGAUCAACCGAGCCAUCGGCGCCAAGGGCGUCCUGCCUGCGGAGUGCCGUGAGCUGGUGCGGCAGUACGUGCCGGAGAUCAUGAAGGCGGUGAUCAGCCUGCCAGAGGAACAGGUCUGCGGCGCCAUCGGCCUUUGCAGCGCAUCUUCCCUUCACCGUGGCGGUGCGGCCAAGGCGGCAGCUUCCAGGCGGCUGCUGGUUGAGGAUGAGGCGCUUGGCGCGCCCGACCCGGUCUGCCAGUUCUGCGAGAUGGCCGUCAGCUACGUCAAGAUAGCUCUGGCGAACCACGAGACGCAGGAGCAGAUCAUCGGACAGCUGGACGGCCUGUGCGACACGCUCGCCAUCUUCUCAUCCUCCCAGGCGCUCGUGGACUGCGAAGCAAUCCCAUCCAUGCCCCCCGUCACCUUCACCAUCGCUGGAAAGAAGUUCACCCUCUCGGCCGAGGACUACGUGCUGCAGGUGAGUGCGGGCGGCGCGACUCAGUGCGUGAGUGGUUUCAUGGGGCUCGAUCUGCCGCCGCCAGCCGGGCCGCUGUGGAUCCUGGGUGACGUAUUCAUGGGCGCCUAUCACACCGUCUUUGAUGUCGGCAACGAGCGCGUCGGGUUCGCUGACUCAGUCCGCUGAGUCACCCGCUGACGUGACCCCUACUCACCCAGCAUUCUGCCCUCACAGAGUAAGUGCUUAUUGGAGCAGCUGCGUGGGGAGGUACUGCGGUAGUGCCAAGUACUGAGGUGGUGAGACCUGUUGAACCAGCCUUUGUCUCGACGAAGUCUGAGCAGCUGCGGUGGAAAGAAGAGCCAAUGCUGUGUGGCAGGGAUCCUGAAUGAAGGCAAUAAGCGGGGCAGGUGUCACAGGGUGCUAACUGGUCCAAGCUCUGAGUUUCUCAAGAACGCAAGUGCUGGUGGGUGACAAAUGCACGGGUAAUAGUGGAUGCUUUGGCAUGUUUGAAUUGUGCAUCAACAAUAUGUGCAUCAACACAGUGUUCCACUAUUGCAGACAUGAUGUCCUGAAAUGAAGAGAGUGCCUGCAAAGAGAUGAUUGAAAAUGCAGUAAUUCUGCUGGAAUUUCAUUUGAAUUUCUUUUUGUCGCCCAUGUGUACGAUAUGUUUGUGCGUGCAGACCGCUAGGAUGAGCCAAUUUCUGGCUGCUGAACACAGAGAUGUGAUGCAUAUGUAAUGUUCAGAUCGCUAGC